CCCCGCCCGCCCCGCCGCUCCUUCCCGGUCCAGCUGGGCGGGGACUGCCCUAGGACUCUUUAAAGUCUGUGAGUCACUGCACAACCUAUCAAUCCAAUUAAAUGUCUUGAGCGAGCCGAGCGGGCGGUGCUCCCCGCCGCCGGCCGCCCCCUGCUCUCAGCGCCCCGCUAUCCAUGGCUGGCUGGCUGUACUCCUCCCGGUGCGCCCUCCUCCCGCAUCUCGCCAGCCUCGGCAACUUCCCCUCAGCUAGCCUCUGCCCCCAGGCCGCCACGGCAUGGGCUAGACCCCGAGCCGCUUCUUGUCGUCUCCCGUCCAGUCCGUGCGCGGGAUCGCCCCUCUAGCCCGUCUCGCCCAUCCCCGCCGUUUCCCCGACAGUCAGUCCAUCCCUCGGUCGGCUUUCCUCCGCGGGGCAGCGGUGGAGGACCAGCGGGCUCCGUAGGAGCGGGAGCCCCCACCCCGCUCCUCCUCCCGCUCCUCCGCGCUCCCACUCGUCGGGAUCCCCGUCCCGUACCGGGGGACGCGCCGACCGACGUCCUCUCCCCGCGGCCGUACGACCUGCCCGGGGGCUGGACCAGGCGCCCACUUCUUCGCGGAAGAUAUAUGUUGGGUAAAGGAGGAAAACGGAAGUUUGAUGAGCAUGAAGAUGGGCUGGAAGGCAAAAUCGUGUCCCCCUCCGACGGUCCAUCCAGGGUGUCUUACACCUUACAGCGCCAGACUAUCUUCAACAUUUCCCUUAUGAAACUGUAUAACCACAGGCCUCUGACAGAGCCCAGCUUGCAGAAGACUGUCUUAAUUAACAACAUGUUGAGGCGGAUCCAGGAGGAACUCAAGCAGGAAGGCAGCCUGAGGCCUGCAUUCACCCCUUCUUCCCAGCCGAGCGACUCACUGAGCGACAGCUACCGGGAGGUCCCGCCUCCUGCUCCUCACCCCUGUGACCUCGGAAGCACUACACCCUUGGAGGCCUGCCUCACCCCUGCCUCCCUGCUUGAGGACGACGAUGACACUUUUUGCACUUUGCAGGCUGUGCACCCUGCAGCUCCCACUAGACUCUCUUCUCCAACCCUCCCAGCAGAGAAGGACAGCUUCUCCUCCGCCUUGGAUGAGAUUGAGGAGCUCUGUCCCACAUCUACCUCCACAGAGGCUGCCCCCACAGCAGCCCCUGAGGGCUCGAAAGGAACCUCCAGUGAGUCCAGUGUCCAGAAACCUGAUGGGCCCCAGGAAGGCCGCACAGAUGACUCAAGAUUCAUGGACUCUCUGCCUGGGAAUUUUGAAAUAACAACGUCCACGGGUUUCCUGACAGACUUGACCCUGGAUGACAUCUUGUUUGCUGACAUUGAUACAUCAAUGUACGAUUUUGACCCCUGCACAUCUGCAUCGGGGACAGCCUCAAAGAUGGCCCCUGUGUCAGCUGAUGACCUCCUCAAGACCCUGGCUCCUUAUAGCAAUCAGCCUGUUGCCCCAAGUCAGCCUUUUAAAAUGGAUCUCACGGAGCUGGACCACAUCAUGGAGGUGCUUGUUGGCUCCUGAGGCCUGGGCCCCCGUAACUGCACCCAGCCAGGCCCUGCACCCUUGCAGUCCCUUGCAGCCCCGACAGUUUCUCCGCACUGUGCAUGGACCCUUGCUUGCCUUUCUCAGAGAAAAAGAAAAUUUUACAAAAGGAUCACACUAGUAUUUUCUUCAAGCAGAGUUGGAGUGCCUUCAUUCGAGUAUGCCCACUUUUAACACACUCUUCUGAGUGGGUUCCUCAGAGCCCUGCUGCCCUGGCGUAGGAGAGAAGACAUUUGAAGACUGUGUUGCUAAUGUUGAAAGGUGAACAUGAACAGUUCAAGUGAAGCACAAGGAUUAAGUUGGAAAAGCUGUAAAUUGCAUGUGCAUAUUUGUCUAUUUUUUCUAUAAGUUUUAUUGCAAGAGGUAAAAAAAAAAAAAGAAUAUAUAUCUAUAUUAUUUGGAUAAUCUCAGUACCUUUUCUGGCGUUUUGCCCUGUGUAAGUUGACUUGGCAAUUCAGCCUUUUUAGAGGCAUUAACUACUCGUAAGUGUUGCAUUUACAUGGCUGUUUAGAAAACUGCUGCCCAAAUUUAUUUUAUAUUUUUGUACAGAUUCUGCAGUUUAUGAUAUUGUUUUUCUAAACACAAAUGCUGUUUAUACAUAUGAAAUAGCUAUUUUGAUAGGAUUUGCUCACAUAGUUCCUGCAAACAUGAGAUGUACAAGUUGCACUUGUACUUUUAUAGGACUUGUAAUGUUUUCUAUGUGUAUGGUGCAAGAGAAUUGGAUCACGUCAGUCUGCAAUUGAUGUCCCCAAUGCAAAUACACACAGCGCUUUAAUAAAGGGCCAGGUGAUCUGACACCCAAAUUUCACAAGCACCAGCCCCUGGCACGGUCACCCGCCAGCACUGUGACUUCCAAAGCCAGAGCCCUGUCUGCUCAUCAAACUUGCAUUAAGCAGUUGGCAGGGAGGUGGCUGUGUUUCUUGGGGUAGGGAGGGCGGAGUUGAUGUGGCAGGCUCCUUAGCUCCCUCUUUUGAACAGAAGCUGCAUCAUCUUAUUUAAGAGUGGACUCAGACGGGUGUGGUGACACACCCCUGUAAUUCCAGCAUUUGGGAGGCGAGGGCAGGUGGAUUUUUGUGAGUUCCAGUCCAGCCAGAACUAUACAGUGAGAAAACCCUGUCUCAAGGUGGGGGCGGGGAGGGGGUUAACAGGGAGAUUAAAAAAAACAAAACAAAACUGUAUUUAUUCCAAGUUGCUGUUUUAAUUUUUUAAAAUGAAAACCCCAGUCUUUCUCUUUUGGCAUAGCUUUUAUGACGAGACCACAAUUUUACACAACAAAAUUUUACAAGAAGCAACUGACCUUUUGCUGGAGGUGAGCCCUACUUCAGUCCUUAUGUCUCCCCAGAAGGCAUCCAUCCUGUUGCUGAGCUGCCUCUCCUAUGUCCUUUCCUGGAGCUUUUGUUCCCUCUGUUGCUAAGAGCUGCAAAUGGCAUCUUUGUGAUCAGCACAGUGAGCUAGCUGCUCUGUGCAGUGCACCUCCGCCAGCCGGGACGCGCUCGCUCUCCUGACAUCUGUGACUAGAGCUGCAGUCCUCCACCUUAUGUCAUGGUGUCCAAUCUGGUUGCUUUUCUUAAUUAACUGCUAAUUUAACUACACUUUACAAAGCUGUUAUUCCCAAAUACAUAGAGAGGAAUUUCUAUCCACGUCUCUGGCCUUCCCCUACCCCCGUGUGCAGGCCCCUCCAGCAGCUCUUUCUUUAGUUGUCCCCCGUCACGUGCACUCGUGAGAGGCAGUCGUUGUUUUAGUGUACUAGGCCUGUUGCUGAAACCGCCUUUCUGUUUGGCUCGCUCUUGCGGGGGUACUUGAGCUGAUGAGUGCAGGUUACAACCUAUAUGGCUUCCUUAGAAAUAACUUUUAUAUUUAUUUAAAAAAAAUUAAAUUAUGGGAUUUUUGUUUUUGUUUUUGGUUGUCUUUGUUGGUCAUUUGUCAAUAUACAGUCACCAACCAACUCUGCUCACUUCUUGCCAUGGAUAAAAUGGGUCUUUCUGGCCAAUUAAAAAGAUAAAUUUUAUAAAUGGCACUUUAAACAAGCCAUAAAUAGAUUUAUUUUUAUAAUGCACAUGGCAAGCAAAUACAUUUGUGAUGAAGGAACUGCUCAUCCAAGCAGAAGAUUUGUGGAUGGUGCGGUUAAUAUCUUUUUACCUUUUCUUCACUGGAAUGUGUCUGACAGGCCGAUUGUCGGCUCUGGAGCAGCGAGAGGCUGAUCCAGCUGUGCUCCCACAGGCACCUCCACCCUUUCACCGACCCCUGUACGAGAGCGGUUCCUUCCUUACAGGGCCAGGGGCCACAUGUAAGGGGAGAGUUGUCCUACACACUUGCAAGUGUCACUGUGCCUGUCCAUUUUAAGAACUUUUCUUUCUUGUAGAGAACAGGUCUGCCCGUACUCUGUGUGUUUUAGAACUGGAGGAUCCUGUGAACUGGCCACAUGCCACACACAUCUGCAUAUAUGUGCAUAUACAGUAGUGUUGAUUAUUCCCAGCAAAAAUGGCACAAAGCAGUUGAUUGCCAUUGUCAAAAACUGAUUUACAGUAACUUAGAACAACUGUACUUUUGUUGGAUUAGCAAAUCAUGUGUUUAAACAAUCCCAUAUGUUGGGCAACAGUUCAAAUAAGCACAGAGAAGCAUUGCCCAAACUUGGUUCUCUAACUCUAGUGCAUUUGUAAGGCUAGGCUCCAAAAUCAAAACACCCACCCCCAACACCGGCAGGCAAAGUGCUAAUUCCUGAAACAUUCACGGGAAGCUAAGGGCCCUGGUUUCAGGAAGAGCAAGCCCACCGAGAGUUAAGACUGCCUUUGUGUCCUAUUUAUAUUAAGCAAUGUCCCCACAGGGAAGAUUUGGAGCCAGAGUGAGAGCUCCCAGUCCCAGUUUGAGUGGGGGAAUGAGCUUCUAGAUGCUUCCUGGCAGGAGUGGCUCACCUUCACAAAGACAGUCUUGUGGCAUCCGAGCCAAGCAGACAGCUUGGGGUGCCUGGGCCUGAUGAGCUUGUUGACAAUGACGUGCAAUGACGUGACAAGGUGAGAGCAGAAUCCUGAGAGACUUAAAGGGAUGGUUUCCCCAUAAGUUAUUUAUUCUUUUUUUUUCUGUGUAAAUAUAUUUAUUUUACUGUGGCACUCUAAUAACAUCCUGGUGGUAUGAUGCAGAAUGUAUGGUAGGAAUGUAUUUCUUGUAGGAAUGUAGAUCUGUGUGUAUUAAAAAAGGGGAGCCAAGCCAGCCCCCACCUGUCUCUUCAUCAGAUACAGUCCACAUUCAUCUUUAACUCUCAUCUCCAAUAUGGGUCUAUUUAAAAUAUGCAAAACGGUAUGGAUGAGGAAUGUUUUAAUACCUCCAAAUUUUUAAGAAAAUCGAGCAAAAGAGUUGAUAAUUUUUUAAAGUUUUCUUAGUAGCACUUUCUCUUGAUGACGGAAGGGCAACACACAGGCACCCACCUUCAUACCAAAGGGUGAGAAAUGGCCACAGCCUCCUACACCACUCCAGUGUCUUUAGCAAUUGAGCUUUCUAUCGCCAUAGCCCCAACUAUCCUGAGGUCAAUCAAGGAAAAUUUCUUUACGACGUAAGCUCCAAAGAGCCAAAGUAUCAACUUACGGAUCAUUUUUAAAGCCUAAAUUUCGUACCACCUUUGCAGUAAACAAUGAGUUAUGAACACUGCAAGGGCAGCCUUCUUAAAUGACAGACACAAAGACUACUUGUGCAGCAAUCGCUACUCUACUCUGUGAAUUGUCUUAAUUGUGAAACCUUGCUCUUACAGAUUGAACCUUUUUACAUUUCUGAAACUAGCAGAAAGAGCAUAUUUGACUUGUCCUAGCUGUAAGUGGUUCUUGUUGCUGCCCGGCCCCUGGAUGCCAGCAGGGUGUGCAUCCGCGCCCGUGUGCAACUGUCUCCAGUGCUUCCAAGGGUGACUCUACAUGGAUGGCUCUUGGCCAGGAUCAAAUGCUCUUGCAGACAAAGCCAGUAUAGAUUUUGGACUUCUUUGGGGGAAUUUGGGAGAGAAGAGUAGUCCAUAUGUACAGAUAAGUUGGUGACAGUGUACAUGGGGACGUGUUGGUGCGUGGGUUUUGAGGAAGGAGGUGUGACCUUUCCCCACAGACCUGAGAGCUGUGCCUUUUCUAUGCAAUAUUACAGACGUCACAUCAGAACCCAGAGGGCUGUGUUCAAUAUAGAUUCAUUCAGGCUGUAUUCUAAACAAUUGGACAGAUUAAAUGUACAUGGAAAUGAGCAGUCUUUUGUAGUUUUAUAUUAUACAAUAAACAGUUAAAAGAUGAAA